AUGUCGACGAACAAGAAGGCACGUCCACACCUGCCUACGCUAGGUUUCGGUAGGAUGGCUGAUAUGAACAAGAACGCACAUCACGUUGGAGCCCAAGAAUAUGCGGCUUUCUCGAGGUGGCGAGUUAGCAACGACAAGCGCGCACUCCCCUUCAAGCAACAGGUUCGCGAGUACUUCGGGAUCGAGGUGGAGGAUAAACAGAAGUUUGGCGACAUCUUGGAUGAAUACAUGAAGAGACGGGAUGCAUACGCGGAACUACCGGUGCCUCAGUUGGGCGAAGUGACCGAUCUGGACAAAGUGCUUCGCCUGAACUUCAGCCAGGAGUCGACAGUGUCUCAGAUGCGGCAGUUUGAACUGCAGCUAUCCAGCCUACACACCUACCGCAUGGGCUGCGACAAGAACGUCCGUCUCUAUCUAGAGCUUCUUCCAGCUGAGCUCACCGCUCAUUACGCCCCACCAGCUAUGAGCGAGGCUAAUCAUUACUCCAACGCGGUCUCCACCCCGUUCAUACACGCCAAACAUCAUCUCGGAGAGCCAGACCUCAGUCGCAAUGUCCACGGACCAACACAGUCUGGAGGAUCAUUUGGACCUAUGAGACCAUCGCAGAUCUGGCAGUUCGAAGCUAAUCCGAACGCAGCCGGGAAGGCGCAAUCCCCAAAUCUGUUCAAAUCGAAGUUGGUACACAUCGGAAUCAUUAACGCCGAGGAACACAAGGACGGCGGCAUCAAUACUUAUCAAACACCAUACGCCGCCGUAGGGCAGGUUGAAGACAACGGCUUUAUUAGUGGCAUCUACGCUAUUCCGCUGGACUUGAAGGACGACGAAGAAGAGAACGAAAUGUCGCCGUCGAGGUGGUACGAUCUAAAUGACCUCUGGAAGCCAGACAGGGUUGGUGUCUACUAUCUCGGCAAGACGCUCGAAGAGUGCAGGAACAACGAGUGGAAGUGGGUGUCCGACGGUCCGGUCGAAGUCAUCCACAUACCGGAGGACGAGUAG